AUUGUACUGGCCAAGUGUAAAUCGCGCAUUAAGUACACGUAUAUUAUCGCAAGAGUAGACGAAACGGAAGCGACAGCGACACUGUCGCCAAGCGGUUUGGGACCGGCAGUUAGUAUUGUUGUGUUAUUUUUAUUUAUCCGACCAUUUCAUAAAAUAACUUCCGUAAACUAUAAGUGCAAAUCCAGUCAUCGUUUUCAACAAAAAACAACAUUAAUUAUGGAAACACGGUAUUAUGAAGGUUGUGGACGGGAAGGACCCAUCAGAUGUAUAUUUCUCGGAGAAUUCCAUCCAGUUGCAGGACCUAAAAUAGCGUGCCAGUUUCCUGAAGAUUUUAUUUCAAAGGAUUUAUUUGAUUCAUUAAGCACUUACAUAAUCCCUAAACCAAUUUUGCAAAAGAAAAACAUAACUUUCAAUGCACCAGCUCACAAGAUAUUGGGUUACCCAAUUUACCUCAAGAGUCCACGCUAUCCACGAAAUGUUUACGUCUUUAACCUGUGCUUUGUCUGUGAUAACUGGUCACGAACUGUGCAGUAUGAGCCCGUAGUAAAGAAACUAGGAGAACAUUUGAUAACAUUGGAAGAAGAGAGUGCGUUUGUGUCUGGUGGUUCGUCCCGUCUGCCCACUUUCCUCGCUCAUCUACUGUACGACUUAAACACUUAUCGCAAGACAACUGUCACAGAAGGGGAUACGAUUAUACACGUGAAGGUGACGGAGAUACGUAACGACCCAAGCCCUGUUAACGACCACGACGUCCCGGUGUUAGUGGCAUCCAUCGGUCAGCCGCGACCAGGCACCUCCCGGAACUCACAGGUUGCAUCGGACUCCACCGAUGACAUCUCAGAUGGGCUGGACAACCAACAGCCCAUGGAAAUAUACACUAAUUCCAACUGGGACCUUACCACUAAACAGCUCUUACCAUACAUAAACGGGUAUUAUCACGUGGCCAAGAUUGCAGCUAAAGUUAACGUAGAGAAAACUCUUGUCAAAGCAUGCAUUCGGAACUUGGUCUACUACGGAGUGGUGAAACUCAUACCUUUGCUGAAGUUUAGUAACAUGUAUCGAGCGACCGCUAAAUUAAAUAGCAUCAAAACAGACCUUGAACUGCAAAACGCUUGUCUCUCUUUUAUACGACUCAGAGGCAAGAGGAAGCCUCGCAUCGAGGAGGUACUGCAAGUGCUGAGCCUGCUGCAGCAGGGGACCUCGCUGCGCUCCGUCAGCGAGCGCUUCCACGCCAUCUGCAGGCGCGCGCGUUUCGAUGUUCGCAAUCUCAUCGUCUUUACACAGAUGCACGGACUUGUACGCUGUUUAAAGAGAUAUCCCACAUACUGUCAACGUGUACGGUCAUCCGCCGGCUCAGAUGUUAAAGGUUUGCAGAAACUGUUCACAGGAGAGCGAUGUACUGAUGAGAUCUGUUGCCUCACCUCUUUAGAUAUGGCCUCCUUGGAACGCGUUAUAGAAGACGACCCCAACGUCGCUGUUAUACUCUGCUAAAAUUACAUCGUUUUUAUCACAAACGUAUCAAAAUAAGCAAUAAUGAAGCUAUUUUAGUAUAUACUUCGAGAGUUUUUUUGAGGCUGCAUGUUAAAGUGAUAAUUGUAGAGAUAUUUGGGAUCGCUGAAGCUUAUUGAUUUUUUUUUAGUAUUGUAAAGUAAAUUAAGUUUUUUUUUACAUUAAUAUGUGCUCUAGGUUAAGAUAUCGAGUGCAAUAAUUUACCCCUAAUGUUAUCUUCUUAACAUAUUAUAUUUAAUAUCUUAUUAAUGUAAUUUUCGUCAUGUAAAUCUUGUUAUAUAUACAUUGUAAAGAAAUGCCAAGAGAAUAUCGUUUUCGUUAUUUGGGCAUAAUAAAAAAACUAAAAUCUUGCAUCAAACUUUCAAAAAGAUUUCAAACCAUUUAAUCUUUAAAACAUUAUUUUAAUUUCAAAAUUAAAUAAUAAAACUGGCAAUUUUAUACAAAUAAUAAUCGCUUUUAGCUUCUUUUGCACAUGUUCUAUAACUGUAUUGUCCAAUUUUCAGGUUAUAUAUAUUUAGAGUAAUUACAUUUAAAUGAGGUGUUAUAUAUAUAGUAAUGCAAACUUAAUAAAGACCACCAUUUUAAUAUUUAACUAAUAUGGUUGAAAUGAUUCAUGUAACUAUUAUGUGGCAUUCACGUGCUUUAUAGUCUAACGAUGCAAUACACGUUAUUUUUAAGUACAUAAUGUGGAAUUCACAAGGAAGGGAGAAUUAUAAAAAAUCGGUAGCAGUUAAUUUUUAAUAUAAAUUUAUAGUACGUCGUAAAACUGCACAUAAAGGUUAAGUAGAAAUGCUAAUUAAAAAAACUCAAGUUAACAAGUUUACUCUCACCUCGUUCUCGCCGCUCGUUUAACCCCUUAUCAUUUUUUUUGUAUAAAAAAGCUACUAAAACAUGUGGUUUUUGAUUAUUUUUCUGUCUAACAUUAAUUUAUUAAUAGCUUUCUAUUUAAUUUUCAUUAAUGUUUCAAAUGUAUUCCACAAACUUAAACUACAUAACCGUUUAAUAUCUGGCAUAAUAAAUAUUUUAACCUAAAAUUGUACAUCUUAGUGAAUUUAUUACUUUAAUUAAUUGAAGACUGAAUAUUUAAGAUACAAAUUAAGAUUAAUAGCAAUAUUUAUAAACAAAUUCAUUAUAUAUUGAGUUUGAGUUUUUUUUUAUUUAUUAUGUGCUUUAAGCGAUCCUUUUCAUUUUUACUAAUCGUGUAUGCUUGUUGGGAAAAAUAUUCUUAAUUUUGGGCUUCGCCUGUCGAUUCAUUCAAAUCAAGAAAAUUAUUUUGUAUAUGGGGUAUGAGACAUUAAUAAUUAACUUGUAGUUUAAGUUAGUAAACAAUCUAAGUCACAAUAUAAAAGUAUUAAUUUAAACCAUUCUGUCCAUGAAUGAUACUCGUUUUAUGUUAUUUAGGAGAUUUUACUCGAAUUAAUUUAUUGAUUCAAUGUUCCGUCGUUUAUUAAGUUAACGUAACUGACGGUCGGUAAUAACUUAAUCGUGUAAAUGUUUAAUAUUCGAUGUUAUAAAAUCAAUAAUUCACAAAUUAUUUAAGAAUUCUUUAAAAUACCUUUAAUCUAAAAUCUUUUUGUCAAAAAUUAUUUUGUCUCAAAAUUAAAUGUUGAAGAUAAUUUAAUCAGAUUUUGCACAAUUUAUUCAUUAACUAAAUAAAUGUAAAUAAUUACUCUACGAUAAAUCUUACUGUUCUGUUACUCACUUUAUAAUGUUCAAUCUUAAGAAAAAUGAUUGGUUUUUGAGUCUGAUUUUGUUAUUGAUUUUAAAAUUUCAAAUGACAUUAAACUUAUUUUCCUUUAUUUGGUUUUCUUGUUUUGAAGCAAAUGUUUUUAAAAUCACAGGGCUGAGUUUGAUCAAUGUUUCUUAUCCAAUACGUCUUAAGUAAUAAAGGAAAUAUCAAAUUAAAUAAUAUCGUUUGGUAACUUUUAUACAUUUUUAAAAUAAAUUAUUUAUGUCAAUGUACUCACAAUAAUGUAGUUGAUGUAUUAUUAAGUACCUAUUGUAAAUGUAUUUAUUCAUUAAAAUAACAAGUAAAAUAAAGAGAGCGCACGCUUCUGACUGAAAUAUCGCUCAACUGUUUAGUCUGGCUUUGUACACACUACUUGGGCACACUACUCGAUUUUAGUUGUGCAACUAAGCAGUUGAAUUGCUUGCGAAA